AGUCGCUGUGGGGCGGGGGGGGGGAGACUUGACCCCAUGCCCACACAGGAGGCAGCACCCCGUGGGCAUGGAGAUGGGGGACCCCAUUUGGGGAGACAUUGAGGGGGUCUUGACCCAUCCCCAGGCAGGAGGCAGCAGCCUGGCAGCGGGGGGCGUGCCGGCAGAGGCAGCGAGGGGAGGGUUAACCCCGUCCCCACGCAGGUGCCGGCACCCCAGUGGGGCUGUCGGUGGGGAGGGGGAGGCGGGCGGUGCGUGUGGGGGCCCGGGGAGGGGAUGAUUCAUUGCGGGUAGUCAUGACAUUGCUGCCUGGUUGCCUGCGGCUGCCAGCCGUCACGGGCACGGGUGGCUCUGCCUGCCCCGGCACGCCGAGAUCCCCUCCGGCUCCCUGACCGAACCCGGGACACGCUGCCAUGCCGGCCAUCCUGCUCUUCUGGAGCCGCGCCGAGAGGUACGCACCCACCCCGGCAAGCCCCAGCUCGGCCACCCCGGCACUGGGUGCCCGGCGAGCCACCGGACCCCCAAACCCUGGGGACGCAGCAGGCUGUGGGCUAUCACCUGCCCGGCAUUUUCGCUCGCCCGAGGGUGGGAUGCAGGAGCCGCCCGGUGAUGUCCCGGUACUGCUGCUUGAUUUCGGUGUGGGGCAUCCGGAGAGGAUGCUCUCCGUGGCCCGUGAGUGACGGUGACGGAAUGUGGAGGGGGGGACACAGUGGCAUUGGAUUUCCUUGGCGCACCUGAAGGUGACUUCUCAGAAGUAGGUUUUGCGCCGCCGGGCUCGGAGGAGGCACCGUCCCGGUGCCCCACUGCGGCGGGGGAGCCCCGGACCCCUUCUGCCGGGGGGACCAGUGCCGGCACCUGGUGAGGGGGAUACAGGGACCCCCGCGCAUCCGAAGGGGAAAGCUGGGGAGGUGCAAAUUGGUUAACGUGACUUUUUUUUUUUUUUUUUUUUCCACAUCACCGCCGCCCUACUUUUCUCCCUCCCCGAUUCGCCCGGUGGGUGCACAGCCCUGGGCGUCAGCAAAGUCGGUUCUGGGGACACCGGGGGGCUCCUGGCUGUGCUCCCUGCUCCUCGGCGGGGGCUGCGUGGGGGACGUGACAGCAGCGGGGCGGCCGGGUGCCUUGCGGCAGCUGGGAGGGAGGGUGCUGGAGCUGACGGCAGAAGUGUCUUAAUCCGUUGGCUUAGCGAGAAAGCGUCAAGAAACCAAUUAAAAGGAAAAUUACGCCUCAGCAAGCGACUCCAUUGAAGGGUCCCCCCGUGCGCGGCUGGGAAGCACACAAAGGACGGCAGCUCCACGCCAGCACCGCGUCGACGCUCGCUUGCCCGCUGCCAAAGCCCUUUCAGAGCCGUCCUGGGAGCGGAGGUCAGAGCCAACAGGCACGGGGCUGGCGAGGAGCUGCCUUUUCGGUGUGCCGGAGGAGCCGGAGGGAGAGGCUUGCCACCAGAGCAUCAUCCCUCGGCGGCACCAGCAUCCCCGGCACAAGCCAGCACCUUCCUCUCGGCUGUCCCCCUGCCACCCUCCGGUGCCUCCCAGCCGGGCACACGGCACCUGCCGGCGCCUGUGGACAACCGCGAUGUUUAAAAUAAAACUAGAGCCUUUAAAAAUGACGGCCUGGACUCUGAAUGUGUUCGUAAAGUUUCGGAAUAAGUACUCGGCUCCCGGCAGCGUCGCCGUCAUGGGGAAGGACUAUUACAAGAUUUUGGGCAUCCAGACCGGCGCCAACGAGGAUGAAAUCAAGAAAGCCUAUCGUAAAAUGGCCCUGAAGUAUCACCCUGAUAAGAAUAAAGACCCCAACGCCGAGGAGAAGUUCAAGGAGAUUGCGGAGGCUUACGACGUCCUGAGCGACCCCAAGAAACGAGCCGUUUAUGACCAGUAUGGGGAGGAAGGUCUCAAAACUGGAGGUGGCUCUUCAGGUGGCUCAGGGAACACUUUCCAUUACACCUUCCACGGAGACCCCCACGCCACCUUUGCAUCCUUCUUUGGAGGCUCCAACCCUUUCGACAUCUUCUUUGCUAGCAGCCGCUCCCGGAUGUUCAAUGGCUUUGACCAGGAAGACAUGGAUAUCGAUGAUGAUGAUGACCCUUUCAGUGCCUUUGGCCGGUUUGGCUUCAAUGGCAUUAAUGGGGUUCACCGGCGGCACCAAGAGUCCCUGCACACACGGAGGAAGGUCCAAGACCCACCCAUCAUCCAUGAGCUCCAAGUGUCCCUGGAAGAGAUCUACCACGGUUCCACCAAGAGGAUGAAGAUCACACGCAGAAGGCUCAACGCUGAUGGCCGGACCAUGCGGACUGAGGACAAGAUCCUAAACAUUGUCAUCAAACGGGGAUGGAAGGAGGGAACCAAAAUCACAUUCCCCAAAGAAGGAGAUGCCACCCCAGACAAUAUCCCUGCUGACAUCGUCUUCAUCCUCAAGGACAAGCCUCACUCACACUUCAAGAGGGACGGGACGAAUGUGGUCUACACAGCAAACAUCAGUCUUAAAGAGGCCUUGUGCGGCUGCACCGUGAACAUUCCCACCAUCGAUGGGCGGGUGAUCCCGCUUCCCUGCAACGACAUCAUCAAGCCGGGGACAGUGAAGAGACUACGUGGGGAGGGGCUGCCCUUCCCCAAGGCCCCCAGCCAGCGAGGAGACUUGAUCGUGGAGUUCAAAAUCCGCUUCCCGGACAGAAUAGCUCCCCAGACGAGACAGAUCCUCAAGCAACACCUCCCGUGCUCCUAGAGCCCGGGGACUCUCCUCCAAGCAGCAAUACUCCAAAUGCACGUGCUGCAGCACCCAGCCUGCACAAAGCAGAGGGUGCUACAGCACUUACUUUCAAAUGCAAAAAAAACAACCCCUCGCACCACUUCACUUGCCCCCAAAACUCACCCAACCCACCCCCCCAUCCAUCCCUCUCCCCAUCCAUCCCUCUUGGCCUGUUUUCUACUCCAGCAGCGGGGAGGCUCCUGCCCAUCAUGGCUCUCUUGGCUGCCAAACCUUUUUUUUUUUUUUUUUUUUCCCAGAGGUCCAGCUUUUCCACCUCACACAUGCAAGUGGCGUGGGCCCUUUACCCAGGGAGGUACGUCACGUUGUGGGUUUUUUUAUGUCACCUGCUUUUCAGGCCACUUCUCCCAUGAGAGGCUGGACUUGUCAGGGUCUGGCGCAAUGUAAAUAGGACUCUGCAGGAUCUGGCAUCCCCGCUGUUAGUUUUUCUCUUCCCUUCUUCGAUACUUGCUGCUGUUUGGGGUCCUGGCUGUACCGCGGUGCCGAUCGCUCCCGCCCGCGGUGGCCCCCCGCCCUGUAGCCGGACUGUUUCUCACCUGGGACCAUGGUACUGAGUCCAACCGUGGUCUGCUCUCCUGUGCCAAGCCUACAACCGUGCCAAACAAUGGAGCACGUGGGGAUGGUCCCGUCCAGCCUCCUGCUGACCCCGGUGCCCGUGGGCAGCAGCUGCCUGCACCCGCUGCCCGCAGAGCCCCAGCCAGCAGGAGGAGGGGGAAAGCCCAGGGUGGAGCUUUCUUGUUCAGAUAUGUUGAGUUUGCAUUGCUGCUUUUUUUUUAAAUAAGUAUAUAUAGAGCUCAUUAGACGAUAAACUCCGUAAGGGUUUUUUUCUCUGCCCGUUUUGGGAUUCCUGGCGUGGUGCACCCUGAUUUUUCUUUUUGGGGGAUAGUUCAGCUGCACAAACAUCAAACCCUUGGGGCGGGGGUGCGGUGGUGUGUAGCACAAGUCAGGGUGCAAAGCAGAGCCAAGCGUGAGCAGAGCUGUGGGUUUCACUAGCCUUUGAGGUCAACAUUGGGGAUUUUGAUAAGAAGAGAAAGGCGCAUGUAUAUAUUUUUCUACAGGGACGAUUCAUUCAGGAGGUAUUUCUAGGCGUCAGGGUGGAGCUGGGAGGCGCAUGAGGCAAUCUGCUUAGUGGCUUCAUUUUCAAAUGCUGUAUUUUUUUAAAACCUUUGGAUUUCCAUCAGGAGAAUUUUUAUAUUUCUUACCUUUCUCGGCCCACUCUGCCUCAUGCCAGUUUUUUUUCCCGGGAAAGGGCUCCUACGGAGCAGGAGGCGCGUUCGACCUGGCUUUGUACAGCUCCUCUUCCACUGCAGCACCACGGAGAAAACCCCUGCCAAAAUAUUCCCCCUGCCCCGGGAAUCAUUUUUUUUAAAGGCAAAUCACUGACUUGAAACAGGGGGUCCUUUGGGGCGGAGGGGUGAGCGCAGGGCAUCCGUAGGGGCUGGGUGCACAGCUGUACAGUAUAUCAUACAGGGUGAGAAGACCCGUUAGACGCUGCUUAAUUAAUUGCCUGGUUUGGCCGGUGAGGGGACACCACCAGUUCCCUCCACUGGUCCCUGUGGAGUUCGACGUAGAGAAACCUGGUGGACACCGUGAGCGAGAAGACAGGCCAGCGCGCAGAUGCAAGCUGCUUUGUUUUUCUCAGUUUCAAUGAGACCUGAAUGUUUUAUAGUGGGGUUUUUUGUAAUUUUUUUUUUUUUUUUUUUUUUGUAAUGUCAGUAUUGAGAGAAAUGAAGAAAUAAAGUAUUUUAAAAAAUA